AAGNGAUAGAUGACAUUGGGUGUAAAGCAGUGCUCUACAUUCAGAGAGUUACCCGAAGUAUUUCUCUGAAUGCAACUUCUCUCCAGAGUAUGUUUCAGGCAGUGACUAUUACUCCAAGUAAUUAUAAGUGGGCCUGGCUCAAAAAUAAAAUCUCUGUAUAUAUACUUCCCUCUCUGCUUUUCUUCUGGAUCAUCAACAUGAUCAUCUAUGUUGAGAUCAUCUUAAGAGUUGUGGCUACUAUCAACUCCUCUGACAUCAGACAUGGGUAUUACAGUCCUUAUUGUAAAACCAUUGCAUUUGAGAACUAUCACGCAGUAUCAUUUCUAGGUACAGUAUUAAUUCAAGAUUUGCUCUUUCUCUCUUUAAUGACCUUCAAUAGUGUCUACAUGGUGAAUAUCCUUUACAGACACCACAAAACAGUACAGCAUGUUCGCAGUACCAUUCAGUCUUCACGACGCUUUCCUGAAGAGAGAGCUACCUACACCAUUCUCAUCUUGGUUAGCUGCUAUGUUUUCUUCUAUUUGAUCAACACGUUCCUUACUCCUUAUUUAACUUUUGCAAGUGAGAAAAACUGGGACCUGGACAAAUUUGGUGACUUUAUUUCAUCAUGUUACCCAACGAUAUGUCCUUUCUUGCUGAUUAAAAAUGAAAACAUAAUUUCCAGGCUGACUUCUACGAGAAUAAGGGUUAGAAUUUUGUCUUUCAAAAGAACAUUAAAUGAACUUCCUAAUAAUGAUUGUGUUGAAAGCAAAGAGGGAGGCUCCAGCCUGUCCCAAAUCCAAAACCAAAGCCAACACAAAGGCUCUGAAGGCAAAGAAGGCAGUGUUAGAAACCAUCCACAAUUAAUUGAAGAGCCAUACAUCACCCAACUUCUGGAGGCCUAA